CCUGAAAUUAGUGGCAAGUCCCACCAUAACUGGAUAGAAGUAUUUAGUCUUCUCGUAUAGCCUGUAGCCUACCUACAUGAAAAUUGGACUAGAUUGAGUGGCAAUUUUAAAAUAUUCUACAUGAAGUUUACCAGCCUUUUGUUACAGCAAGUGUAGCCUACCUGGCGCAAUCCAGCGAAGCGGACAUGAAGUGUGAUUUGGGUUUCACAUACGCUGUACUCGCGAUCUAUAUGCUGACUUUUGUCGUUGCGGCUGAAGGGAUCCCGUACGCUGACGUCAACACUGUUCGACCAGGGCCCAGGGACACAGGUCAUUGGGAACCAUGGCUGGAGCUGUCCACCCCAGGCAGCAGGUUUGUCCGAGUCCAGGUUCACGUGACCGCCAAAGUGAAAAACCUCACCGUUGAAUGCUUUGACCUAGCAGAAAGCACAUUUAGAAGAAAGUCAUGGACAUGUUCCCCCAAGAAGAAGACCGGGUGCAAGACCACCUAUGAGUAUGACUGCAUUAAGACUCGCCCAGGACAAGAAUUGUUAGUGACUGUGAACAUAUUCUACAAAAGCUUCACAACAUUUGAACGCUUGUAUAAGGUGGACGACAUGAAAGGUCGCAUUCUGAAAGAAAUACUGGUUCAUGCUGAUGUUCCUACCGUCUCUACAUCUCUAUCCAAUGCACAAGGUCGCAUGCUGAGAGAAAUACCGGUUCCUGCUAAUGUUUCUACCGUCUCUACAUCUCUAUCCAAUGCACAAGUUUUCCAUAAAUUGGCAAGAUACAGCUGGGAUGGGCCAUCUCGACGCCUGACCAUCUCUGUAACACCAGGCCCCAACAGAAAGACCAGGCUGUGCUACAAGCAACCUUCAAAUGUAUGUGCAGAGCUCGAGUCUCCUGUGUUUCACAUAAUUCGUACUUCAUAUUCUCUGACUGCCAAUCUCAGUUUCCCCUACCUGCUGCCCUGCCUCUGUGUGGAGGUGUAUUCCACUGAAGUUGAUGCAAAACGAGAAAAGCACUGUCCCUUUGAGACCAACCCCCUGGCAGGUGGCAGAGAUAUAUGGGUCUCCAGUGGUCUUAAAAUACACAGUCAGACAUUGGUCUUCAAGCCUUUGUGCACUUCUGCCUCCUUGAUGCCUUCUGCCUCCCUCUGCUGGCGAGUCCAGGAAACUGCAGUCCACUGUGUCCAAGUCCCCAACACCACUUUACAGGUUGAAGACUGGAGGUAUGACGUUUCCAUUGUAGACCAGCACCCUUUGAUGUGUGUGCAGUUCUCACUCAGUGGCAGCUAUGAUGUUCGAUGCCCAUUCCAGCGAGGUAAUGCAAAAUGGGAGGCAGUGAAUCUCCCAGCUGCCGGGCACUUCUGUGUGCAUCUCAAGUCCAGUAUCCCAGCAUCCUUUUCUGCACAGCUCUGUGUCCUGGAGGGGGAGUGGUGUGUUGCUCGGGGGGCUGUCCACUCUGUGAUAACUGGGAACACCACUGAAGCAGAGCUCAGGGUUCCGUUCAGCACUCUCUCAGCAGGGCUCUGUGUGCAGGUAUGGAGAUCAGCACCCUUUCUCAUUGGGAAGAGACUGCUCUGUCCUCACUCCUCUCAUGGACGGUGGGGUCUCAUUGCCGUGGCAUCAGUGGUUCUUGUUGUCUUCGUGAUGACUCUGGCCUUCCUGACUUACUGUGGUGUCAGAAGGGGGCUCUCAGACUGGCAACUUGGACAGAAGCCAGUCCUGCUGGUGUGCUCUUCAGAGCAGAUGCCACAGGUGUCUGCUGUGUGUGCUCUGGCCUCCCUCCUGCAGGGGGAGCUGUGUGCAGGCGUGCGGAUGGCACUCUGGGCCCAGAACACGGGUGGUGUGGCCAGGCUGGGGCCUCUGCCCUGGCUCUUUGGGCAGUGUGAGGCCGUGCGAGAAGCCGGAGGCAGGGUCCUGAUCGCCUGGAGCCCGGAGGCUCAGGAGGCUUACUGCCGCUGGAAGAAAGAUGGAGAAAGAGAGCAGUCAGAGGUGGAGAAAAAAAAGGACGUGAGGAAUAAUGACUCUGUGGAAGAGGAGACGGCAGUGCUGCACAGAGGGGAACAGAGUGGACAGGUUGUUUCUGAUGGACAGUGGGAGCCCUCUUCAGCAACCGUCCCCAUCCUGAGGGCAGCCCUGGCCUGCCUGCAGUGUGAGCUGCAGGAGGGCACGGAGGGACACGGCUUUGCACUGGUGUAUUUCCAGGGUCUGUCCCACAGCCACGACAUCCCCCUGGAGCUCAGGGGGGUCCCGCGAUACUGUUUGCCCCAGGAUUUUGGAGGAUUGGUGAAGGAGCUGCAGGGGGGAACUGUUGCAGGGGGGAAGAGAAAGGGGUGCUCGUGCUGGGCUGGCUUGCUCUCCAAAAUCCUGGCCCUGCGAUUGGCACACAGACUGAGGAUGUGGCUGCCACAGAGGCCUCUGGAAGGGAACGUGAAGGGGGUGACAGUUAAGUUACCAUGGCAACCAGAGAGGGAAGAAAGGCCUUUCAGGCUGGCCAGGCUCCCAUUACCCUGGCUCUGGAGAGAAAGGACAGCGCAAACUGCCCCGUGGGAGAAGAAUAGACUUACAAUAUCAACACAGAAAUCAAGCACUUGAAUUUCACCUUGUCAUUACAGACGGAAACAACCAUGACAAUAUGAGGUGGGGCAAUGCAAGGCGCAGCCAGCUACACAGGACGAGUUGCCAAUGAGGCCAAGGCUAAUCAGGCAGCAAUUGUUCUCGCUACCUCCAUGCUGCAAUGUAAACAGGCAUUCUAUGAAAGCCAGGACAUAUUCAGCUCAAAGUACGUACAUAUUCUCUCAUUUACCCUAAUACCUGGGGUGAGAUCGAUGUGAAUUCCCACACAUAGCAGUAAACUAAUCACCAAAAAAUGAAGAAUGAAUUCAUCAUAUUGAUUUGAUCGGGGGAAUGAGUGGUAUCAUGUCGGUGAUUUGUAUGCUUUUCAGAAUAAAGCCAUCCAUUCAUCCACCCUAAAAAUGAAAGUGGUGAUUUGCCUUGCAUUUACAUAUUAUAGCCUGGAGCCAUUUAACACCUGCAUGUAUGGAAAUCCAGUGUGGAACUACAAACAAUGUACAUGUGCAUACCUAGCUUGUAUGUCAAAUCUUUCCUGGGCUCUCGUUGGAUGCUAUCAAGUCUGCCAAUGCCUACUGCGGGGUGAUACCUAAUUCCUAUAGGAUCUGCCAGGAUGGGAGGGACCUCAAGUAGUGGAACAUCUGUGCUUCAUUGCAUACCAGUGACCCAAUCUGGACAAUCAGAUGGCCACUGUUUGCAUUUGUAAACUACUGAUGGACUGCAGACUGGAAGGACUGUCUUGUCCGCUCUCUCUUGAACUGACAUGAAUACACAUUGGCUCAGGCGGUAAGAGCAGUCAUCUGGCAAGGUCGGAGGGUCGUCGGAGGGUUGCCGGUUCAAUCCCGCCCUGGGUGUGUUGAAGUGUCCCUGAGCAAGACACCUAACCCAAAAUACUCCUGACGAGCUGGUUGGUGCCUUGCAUGGCAGCCAAUUGCUAUUGGUUCGUGAGUGUGUGUAUGAAUGGGUGAAUGAGAAGCUUCGAUUGUAUAGCGCUUCAUAAAUGCCAACCAUUUACACAGAAAUUUGGUAUUACAAAUUAUUACAAAAAAAUAUUGCGUGUGCAGAUGGCCAAAAUAAAAUGUAUUGAGACUAUUCUAUCAUAUCAUGUCUGUAAUGCUGUUCAUACUAAACACACUGGAGUCGUUAAAUCAGAAAUAUGAUAAUUUGUUUUCUUGUCAUUUGCUGUUUUGGAUCUUUUCAGAAGGCAAAGUUAUGCCAUGAGCUCAUUUAAAGGAAGUGCCUUUUAGCUUUCCUGGUAGUAGUUGACUUCUUGCAUUCCUGAAAUAUUCAUCACAGUUUGUCAGUAGGUAUGUCAAGUCACUGAAGAUCCAAAACCGCAAAAAUAUGAGCAACAUUCCAAUCAAACUAAUCUGCCUGCCAACAGAGAAACUAUCUUUAUUAUCAUUAUUCUGCUUGUUGAUGAUAAGCAGAGAGUUAAAGUGGUGCUUUGUGGGAUUUUAUAUUUAACAUAAAAUCAGUGUGUACUCUCAUACUGGGGAAUGUGCUGAGGGCACAAGCUUCUAUACCAAACAUUAAAUAAAAUCCCUGAGUUAAUGGCAAACUUUGGACUCAAUAUGACGGCAACUCCCAGUUAAUAUUUAACUACAACAAAACUACUUUGUGUGCUGUAGCAGCUCCUCAGCUCCGUACGCUGACUUCUGUAAAUGCAACAUCUUCAUGCAGCAAGUCUUUUCUUCCUCUUUCCGUACAGGGCUCCACUGUUCAUCUCAUUCAGUUGCUCAAAUAUCCUUAAGCAGUUAUACUUAUGCAUUCUUAUGAGUCAUUGG